AUGGCAACUUCGAGCUUAAGCCAGAUGGCCGAGCGGCUCGCAGCCGUCGCGUCGCGGCUCGGAGGCUCCCAGCUGGGCCAUGAGCUCCGGGAGAUCUCCGAAGAGCUGAGGAGGGAGGCCGAAUCGCAAACCCUGGGCACCACUGCGGAGCUUUUGGCAGCGGUAGGCCGUGCCCGGGAAGAGCGCGAGGAGUUGCGGCUUGCGCUGGCGCAGCAGGCAGCUCUUGCAGCCGAGCGCGAGCUGGAACUGCGCUUGGAGCUGGAACAGCUUCAGGAGCAGUUGGCGCAGAAAGUGGCCGAGGAUUCGAAACCGCUCCUUCCAGCAGACGUUCAAGCCCAGAUCGACGAAGCCAUGGCUUUCGCCCUGGCGGAAGAGGCGAAGAUCGCCCGAGCAGCGAGGGCCUACCUCGUCGAAGCAAACGAGUCGCUAAGUGCCGCGCUGGACGCCGAGCGCCGGCGCAGCAGGGCAGCCCAAACCGAGGCGGAGGCGCUAAGGACGCUUCUUGCGUGUCAGGAUGUGCUGGGUGAGCUGGCAGUAGCUUCGAGCGCCGGGACGGCGAGAGGCAGCCUUUCUCCCAGUCCGCCGACGUCUGAGGCGGCGGCUUGCUCUGAGGACCUAGCAGUCGAGGAGGCGUUGCCGUCCUGCGGAUUUCUGGAUCCCGCAAGCUUUGCCAAGUGCUGA